AUAGGUGAGAGGGCACGUGGCGGAUGAGUGUGUGAUGAGAGGAGAUGGGGGGAGCGCUCGGACGGAGAGAUGGCAGAGAGCGGAGGAACAGGAAGCUGCGCAAGGAUGCCAAAAAGUCAAAAAUCAACAGUAAGGCUAACUUGAAGAAGUUUAUGGAAUAUGUUCAGCUAAGGAACGUUGAGAAGGUAUCAAAGUUUCUGGAGAAAGGGCUCGACCCAAACUUCCACGACCCAGAGACCGGAGAAUGUCCAUUGACAAUGGCGUCGCAGCUGGAAGGUUGUGCAGAGCUCAUAAAGGUUCUGAAGAAUGGAGGAGCUCACCUGGAUUUCAGGACCAGAGACGGCAUAACUGCCCUUCACAAAGCAGUCCGCACCAAGAACCACACGGCACUUAUUACGCUGCUGGAUCUGGGCGCCUCUCCGGAUUACAAGGACAGCCGUGGCCUGACUCCACUCUAUCACAGCUCUAUGGUGGGGGGUGACCCGUACUGUUGCGAGCUCCUGCUGCAUGAUCACGCUCAGGUGGGCUGCAUGGACGAGAAUGGCUGGCAGGAGAUUCACCAGGCUUGUCGUCAUGGACAUGUGCAGCAUCUGGAACACCUGCUGUUCUACGGAGCGGACAUGAGCGCUCAGAACGCUUCUGGAAACACUGCCCUGCACGUGUGUGCUCUCUAUAACCAGGAUAGCUGCGCGAGAGUGCUGCUGUUCAGAGGGGCGAAUAAGGAGAUUAAGAACUACAACAGCCAAACUGCCUUCCAGGUGGCUAUUAUAGCUGGAAACUUUGACCUGGCAGAAAUUGUAAAGACUCACAAAGCAUCAGAUGUUGUGCCUUUCAGGGAAACGCCUUCCUACACAAAUCGCCGGUGCGUGACUGGAGGCGACACGCUGACAUCAUCACGCUCGCUGCCUCGCUCCGCCUCCGACAACAAUCUGAACAAUGUGGCUGACACAGGUCCCGCCCACUCGCCUGUGCUGUCUCUGAGGAGCCUGCCCCCUCUGGCACAUGCCGGGAUCGACGCGGCGGCCGAUGGCAGCCUGCAGAGCACUGGCAGCUCGCUCUCCUCGCACUCCCGCUCGCCCUCCCUCCAGCGCGUCAGUGAGGAGCCCGGCACGCACGCAGUACGCCGACACACAUCCCUCACGCACUCCCACAGCCGCGGACGCCUCAGCCCGGGGACGGUCCAGCGGGACCCGAGCCCUCCUCCCGCGGGGCCCUCGCACACACUCUCAGGAGCCCGGGGCCCCAAACGGAAACUCUACAGCGCCGUGCCGGGGCGCACCUUCAUCGUGGUCAAACCGUACACGCCGCAAGGAGAGGGAGAGAUCCAGUUAAACCGCGGAGAGAGGGUCAAAGUGUUAAGUAUAGGAGAAGGGGGUUUCUGGGAAGGGACGGUGAAAGGAAGAACCGGUUGGUUUCCUGCAGACUGUGUGGAGGAGGUACAGAUCAGACAGUUUGAUCCUCGACUUGAGACGAGAGAGGACCGAACCAAGAGGCUGUUCAGACAUUACACUGUGGGCUCCUAUGACAACUUUACCUCAUAUAGUGAUUACAUCAUCGAGGAGAAGAACGCUGUGCUCCAGAAGAAAGAGAAUGAGGGAUUCGGCUUCGUCUUGCGGGGAGCAAAAGGUAAGACGUGGCUUACAUGGAGUUCAUGGCCUCGGUUUGCUCUUACUUAUGUUGCAUGUCAGAGAGAGAAAGACGGAAGGAGAGAGUUUAAUCGUGGUGCGGCAGUGUGGUACGUUGAUCUUCAGAUGAAGAUGGUGAAAAAGCGCUGGCAGCUGCCGAUGGGCAGCAGCCGUGAAGGCCCCUCGCCACGCCAUCCUAUCUCCUCAUCUACUCCUUGCCUUUCCUCCACAGCGCCCCCGCCUCCAAAAAGAGCGCCCAGCACCACCCUCACCCUGAGGUCCAAAAGCAUGACCGCUGAGCUUGAAGAACUAGCCUCUGCAAGGAGGAGAAGGGGAGAAAGACUAGAUGAGAUUUUGGCCUCUCAGGAGACAGUACUGAGGCCAAAGGUGGAAGCAGACUACAGAGCCGCAACGGUGAAGCAACGUCCUACUAGUCGCAGAAUUACACCAGCAGAAAUCAGUUCUCUUUUUGAGCGGCAAGGACUUGCUCUCCAUGGUGCUCUACACCCAGCGUUGGAAAAAGCCCACAUGCAGCUACCGAAAAGCAUGGCUAGAACAAAGUCUUUUGGAGCAACUGAAGAGGAUCGGCUGUCUGCCCUGGCAGCAGAGCACAGAUUUCCGCGGAGCUCCUCCAUGACGGACAGCCUGAGAGACAGCCAUAGUAUCCCUCCACCUCCUCAAACGGCUCCCCCACCUCCCCCAUCGCUUUACUAUCUAGAUACUGGACCCCCUCCUUCGUUCUGCCCACCCCCUCCCCCUGGCCGCAUUCACGACCCCAGCCGUUCCAGUUUCAAACCAGGCUCUGAACCAAGACUGCACGCUUUGCCACAGACAAUGUCUGCUGAACUGUUUGAGCCGCCUCGCCAUGCCUCCCACAUGGAUCGGCAGAAGAAAGCCCGCUCCAUGAUCAUCCUGCAGGACUCCUCCCACCUUCCCGUGGAGCCUACUGACAUCCCCAGGCCAGGUUCAGUUUCAACUCAGCCCGAAAGGAUCAAGAGGAAAGGUCGGGUCAUCGAUAACCCCUACGCCAAUGUGGGCCAGUUUAGCGUGGGCCUAUUCACGCCACCUCUGAGCAAGCCACAACGGAGGAAGAGCCCGCUUGUAAAGCAACUCCAGGUGGAAGAUGCUCAGGAGAGAGCCUCGCUAGCACUGGCAUCCAUCCAUGCAAGAGAGCACUCUCCCUCUGGGCGCCUAGCUGCCCACCAUACCAGCAGGGCUGAUUUCUAUCAGCAGCAGCAGCAGCUGUUGCAGGAACGCAGUCAAGCUCAAGCUGAGGGACUGUUGCAAGGAAAGAGACCUUUCGCUGCCGCCAUUGCUGAUGCUGUGAAAGACCGGGAACGUCGACUGGAGGAGAGGCGGAAAUCCACAGUCUUCCUAUCAGUGGGCACUAUGGAGGGCAGUUCGGCACCUCCCGCAGAGGCCCCCUCACUCACACCAUCCCGUUCUGUUGAUGAACGAAUGCUCACACGUGAACUUGGUCAGUUGCCUCCUCCCGCCCUGGCAUUGCGACCCUCUCCUGGGGGCACCACCUUCAUUCACCCGCUGACGGGCAAGCCCCUGGACCCCAACUCUCCAUUGGCACUUGCGCUGGCCGCAAGGGAACGGGCAUUAACCUCCCAGAGUCAGUCCCCUUCAAGCAGCCCAGAGCCCAGAACUAAACAUGAAGCUGCUGGAGGGGUGCUGUAUAUGGAGACCCAGACCAAAAAGGCUGAGCGGUCACAGGGUGAGAGGGAGUUUGCCUCACCUCCCUUUUCCCCUGCAACGAAAAGAAUUUACGAGACUUCUGCCCCCACCAGCAAAAUCCAGUGGGGAAGUCCCAUAUCCACCAGGAAAGAGUUAGAAACAAGGACAGAAUUGAAGGAGGAAAGGAAAAUUGAGGACAAGAAGAGUAUGAUCAUCAGCAUCAUGGACACGUCUCAGCAGAAAACUGCUGGGCUUAUCAUGGUUCAUGCAACAAGUAAUGGGGAGGCCGUGGGGCCCAGCCCAGAACACACUGUCCCCUCUCCUUCUCCCAAGGGGACAUUGUCAGAGAGCCCGAAACCCAUGUUAGCCGAAAUAAAACGCGCCAAGUCCCCUGGUCCCGAUGCUCCUUCGAGAUCCACCCCGCCUCCAGCCACAGCUCCAACUUCCCAGCCACCUCCCAGCCCGUCCUCAGAUAAAACCCUGGCACAGGGUAGUUCUGAGGAGGAUGUGGAACCCUAUACGGUCACAUUGCCACCUGCCAUGCUCUCUUCCAGUGAUGAGGAGACGCGUGAGGAGCUCCGCAAAAUCGGUGUGGUUCCUCCACCGGAUGAAUUUUCCAAUGGCCUUCUUGGAAAGACAUCUGCAACUGCAGUACCUCCUGCUCCUACAUUGGCGCAGACAACCCCUUCUGCCCUGCCCUCGGCAACACCCCCACCCCCCGCCCCUCCAGCAGUGGUCGCCGCAGCAGCACAGGUCUCCACUAGCAGUGGCCCGCAAGCAGCCUCAGGGAAGCCAUCUGAGUCCCACCUGGGCCCAGAGUCUGCUGCUGACUCCGGGGUGGAAGAGGUAGACACUCGUAGCUCCAGUGAUCACCACCUGGAGACCACGAGCACCAUCUCCACUGUCUCCAGCAUGUCCACACUGUCCUCGGAAAGCGGCGAGCCCACGGACACCUACACCACCCACGCAGAUGGCCAGACAUUUAUUCUUGAUAAGCCGCCAGUGCCUCCAAAGCCAAAGCUCAAGUCCCAGCUCAGCAAGGGCCCGGUGACGUUCAGGGACCCCCUGCUCAAGCAGUCAUCCGAUAGCGAACUGCUCUCACAGCAGCACGCGGCUGCGCUGGCUGCUGCUGCGGGAGCCUCAGGCCCGGCCAGACCCCGCUACCUCUUCCAGAGACGCUCCAAGUUGUGGGGGGACCCCGUGGAACCCCGUCCGCUUUCAGGGGCAGAGGAAGGCAAACCCACUGUGAUCAGCGAGCUCAGCUCUCGGCUGCAGCAGCUGAACAAGGACACGCGCUCACUCGGGGAAGAGCCGCUUGGAGCUUCACUUGACCCCGGAAGGAAAUCGCCCGUGGUCGGUGCAAGACUCUUCAGCAGUUUGGGGGAGCUCCAUACUAUCUCUCAGAGAGGCUACGGCACCACCUACACCAUCAGACCAGGCAGCCGCUACCCAAUGACCCGGCGGACACCCAGUCCCGGUUCCCCGGACCGCUCGGAUCCUCUGGGACCCAUCCGGGGAUUCGGUCUGGCCACUUCUCCCAUCACACCCCCCACCAUCCUUAAGUCGUCUAGCCUCAGUCUCCCUCACGAACCUAAAGAAGUGCGUUUCGUCAUGAGGAGCUCCAGCGCACGGAGUCGCUCUCCCUCGCCCGCCCCCUCCUCGGGCAUGCCCUCCCCCCUGCUCACCCUACGGCCGUUCCACCAGAAGCCCCUCCACCUGUGGAACAAGUACGACGUUGGCGACUGGCUGGCCAGCAUUAACCUGUCUGAACACCGGGAGCGAUUCCAAGAGCAUGAGAUUGAGGGCUCCCAUCUGCCUGCUCUGACCAAGGAGGACUUCGCUGAGCUGGGCGUGACGCGCGUCGGUCACCGCAUGAACAUUGAGCGCGCCCUUAAACAGCUGCUGGAGAGUUGACCACGCGCCUCCCUCUACCUGUAGCUAGUCUCAACACAGUUUUCUUUUAUUUUCUUAUUUAAUUUGCUUGUCAUUUUUCUUGCAAUUCUUGAGCUUUAAAUCCGAAGUGUGUCAUUUCGAUGUUAAAAUAAUUAUCCUAUCCCACGCUUUUGUAAAAAGCAAUCCCUGGGGUGUUACUAAAUGGUAUUAAUAUGUACCAUUUAGAUACUAAUAGGUACAUUUUUGGUGCUGAUAUGUAAGGCAGAGAUGUCUAAUUUUGCUCCUGGAGGGCCACUUUUUUCAGAGUUUAGCUCUCAGCAGUUUCAAUACACUUGUCUGGAAGUUUCUACUGAUUCUUUAGACCGUGAUUAGCUGUUCAACUGAUGUGUUUAACUGGAACUAGAGCUAAACUCUAAACAAGUGGCCAUCCAGGAGCAGGAUUGGACACCCCUGCUUUAAGGUACUAUUAUGAAGCCUUUAGGGGUAGAAAUAAGUAGGGUUGCAAAGAGGAAGAAAUUUUUGGAAAGUUUACAGAAAUGUUCCACCCUUUGCAACCCUAUAAAUAAGGUACAACGGAAGGGUACUGCACCAGUGACAACUUUUUUGGACCUCUUUUUCCAGGAAUGCAGUUUAAUAUUCCCCUGAAAACAUUGCUCUGUUUAUUUGAGCAUCCCAACCAAUCCGACGCACCAACAUUGACAGUGUUUGUUCAACCAACAAUCAUUUGUGCUAUUGCCGCAGAAAUGACACACUUCUGUUUUAAAUAAUCUCACUAUUUCCUAAAUCCAUCAUUGGUGUAGUGGGUGUUGACUCCAUGCUGUUUUUUGUAGCACUAUCCUAAGCCCCUCCCACUCUACUGCCAGCAGCCAAUCACAUGGGUGCUGUGUAUUUGGAAGGGACUGUGAAUUUAGUGAUCGAAUUGGCUUUGUUCACACUGCACAAAAAUCUGAUUUAUUUUGCAAAAUCAGAUCUGCUGACAGCGAUUUGCCGUGGUGCCAAACUCAUGAUGCAUUUAUUUAAUGCAUUUAUGCAAAUACUUAAAACCGCUCAUUGAUUCAACUCAUUUACUAUUCACUGUAUAGUUUCCUAUAUGGUGAAAAAGUGAGAGAAAAUUAGUGUAUUUGCAAAGUAAAUUCUCAUCCCGAAUUAGGAAAAACUACUUGGAAUCCAAUUUGACAGUUCACACUGCAUUUGAAUCUGAUUUCAAACCACUUACAGUAAUGGGGGUCAAACAUAAUGCUCAACUGCUACAAAACUCAGAUUUUUGCUGUCUGUCGAAAACAAAGCCUGUUCAAAACAUCUCGUAAUUGAUUCUUCAGUUUCAUUUGCAUGAUAAACACCCACUAAUCCCUUAGUCCCAAAUCCAUUUUUUUCUACUUUACUAUUCGCUUCUUACCGCUGUCAUUCAUUCAGAGAAAGGAGGGAUGCUGUUGAGAAAAGGAAGUUCAGUUGCCUUUCAGAGUAUUUUUUUAGGAGUGGAUGAGCAGAGUGGGCGUGGCCAGAUCCUCUCUGUCUACCGCCUGCCCCCUUCUGGCUGAGGGACGUACUACACUCUGAGAAUGUUUAACCAACACUAGUGGCUUUUUCAUAAUCAGACUCUUAACUUUGGGUUUCCAAAGGAAAUAUGACAUUAGAUAGAAUAUCUCAAUGUAUUUAAAUAGCUUUGAAAAUGGAGGGAGACAGCAAACAACAGGACGGACCGUGCAAAACUGCACCUGUCUCUCUCCCUAGAUGAUUUAUUCCACCAAUAAUUUACCCAUUUUUACCAAUUAUAUACAUAUAUAUUUGACAGAAAAAAGUAUAUAG